UCGUUGGCCUCUUCCUGGGCAUCAUCACUGCCGCUGUCCUGGGGGGCUUUAAGGACAUGAACCCAACUCUCCCAGCACUGAACUGUUCUGUUGAAAAUGCCCAUCCAACUGUUUCUUACUAUGCUCGUCCUCAAGUGGCAUCCUACAACACCUACUACCAUAGCCCUCCUCACCUGCCACCUUAUUCUGCUUAUGACUUUCAGCAUUCCAGCGUCUUUCCAUCCUCCCCUCCCUCUGGACUUUCUGACGAGCCCCAGUCUGCUUCACCUUCGCCCAGCUACAUGUGGUCCUCAAGUGCUCCACCCCGUUACUCUCCACCCUACUAUCCACCUUUUGAGAAGCCACCCCCUUACAGCCCCUAAAGAGGAAUGCCCGCUGGCUGUUGAGAUUACUGUGGCUUUUGUAUUUCUGCUUUAGUGGAAGUGUGUAGGGUACAAAAUUUAAAGUGUGACUCAUAAAGUUUGACAGUGGCCUGCCAGGCUAGGGAAAGAUAGGGAAGAAGUUUAUUUGUUAUUAGUGCAGAGGAGGGGUGGCCAGGCUGAGCCCAGCAGUUCUGAGCAGGACAGCGCGAGGCUGGGGAGCCAUCUCAGCAAGAAGCGUGUCUGGUCUGGGCCUGCAUUACCCUAUGGCCCCACCUCUGUAGGCCGCAGGAGCGUGGUUGCCAUCUGCUUCACUUGGUGUAAAAGGAGUGUUGUCCUCACCCUUGGCAGAUUGCCACCCUAGCACCUCAGCUGAAGCGCCUGGCUUAGAGGCCCUCUCUUUCCCUUCCACUAAAGUCAGUCCCUAAGGAAAAUUUCCCAGAAGACAGGGCUACACGGUAGUUCCAAUGCAGAGAGUUCUGGCUAAGAUUUUGUUUGCUUGUGUCUGAUGCUGAAAAAAGCUGGCCAUAUCCCUUACUCCUUUCUUCUCUGUAUUGUAAAAAUGGCUGUUGUGAUCAUUCAGCUCAGCUUUUGUGAUUGGUACCUCCCAAAGGGAAAAGUGCAAUAUUCCUUCGAGUAGUGGGGAACAGGAUUGAUUGUUCAAGAAGCACUGACAUACACAGAGCAGCAUGUGAGAUGUUUAAAGUAGAUCCCAGUUAUACAUCAGGUAACUUAGGAAAACAGCGGUUUACUACAUGUUGCAUUUGCUGUGGGAGAUAGAAAUCUUACAGUUAAAACUGAGUUUUAAAAAAUGCUAGAUUAGGUUCUUGGGUCGUGUUAUCAACUGUUACUAAUCUUUGUGACUAUUUAAUCUUCAAAUAUUGUGCUUCAACCCCAGCAAACCGCACGUAUCCUGCACCCUACCCCAAAAGAAUCAUCUGUAUUUUAAUGCCACUGCUCUAAUUGGUCCUUUUUUCUGUUGAGACCAAUCGUGACAGUGUUCAAGAUUAUGGAAGUGUUACAAUGCCGCUUUAAGUCUGCAAAACCUCAAAUGUAGUCAACUUGACAAACUCUUAAGUGUUAUUGUAGAUUUAAAAUCCAUCUGGCACAUUGUGGUAGGUAUUUGUACAGUUCUUUUAAUUAUACAUAGCUUUAAACCUCAACCUGAUGAAUUUAACACUUUGGCACCCAUGCCUUCACUUCAGAAUGAACACUUUCAUUGCGAUCUUAUGUUAAUCUGAGAAUUGAUUUAAAGGAAGAUCGAUAAUCCUACACUUGUAAAAAAAUACAGGGCUAUUGUAUUUUAGACAGAUCAUAUACAGGAAAAUUUUCCAGCCAAUUUCGCUACCUCCCAACUUGAUGGAAUAGAGGUAGCAGGCAAAUGCUGGUGCUCCCAUCUACCUUGUAGACACCCAGCCAUCAAGAAUUCUCAAGGCACAACAAGUGCGCUCACUGUUCACAGUAAAUGUUUGCAAAACAUUCAGUUUAACUUUUGACAUCACAAAUGAUGUCUCAUCUGAAUUUCAAAUCUGAACAAUUAUAAUCUUUUUUGCGUUAUAUAACACUAUUAUUUUCUACUGUUCUGAGCAUAUUAAAAUUCUAUUGGAUUUCAAAAAGGGACUAAUAACCAAUUGACUUACUAUACAAAUAUCAACUUGUGAUACUCAAUGAAAUUUCUUGCUGUUUACACUUUACAUUUUGCUUUACUGAACGUGUAUGAGUAUUUAAUUUUCUAAAAGGCACCAUUACACAGUAUAUCCUACAUUUAUCACAUUUCUUAAAGUGUUAAGAUUCUAGGACUCAUUUCUAUGUAUUUUUCUUACUUUACAAAAUAACUUGAAACAGUAUAGAUUUUGUAACUUAAUUUUAGCAGCUUCUUUUUUUAUUACAUUGAAUUAUAAGAACUGCAUGUUACCUUAGAAAAGUUAAUAUUUGCUGCUUUACUCUUUUGCAAAAACAUUUGCUGUAAUGAAGGAAUUUGUAUUUCCAAAAUGUACCUUGACUGCAUUUUGUAAUAUUUACCGCUUUAUUCCUAAUUCUGCUUUAAAGUAUUGAACUGGGCAUGAAAUAUUAAAAUAUUAAUCCAGAACCUGUGUAAACUGGAUGUUGCUUAAAAUCUGUAUCACUGCCAUGUUGGGAACCCAGACUGCUUUUGUGAUGUUUCAAAUUAAUAAAACUAUCCUCCUCCUCAUCAGCUUA